AUGCGAAUAGUCUUAUUCAUACUCAUCGUUCACUAUGGAGAUUUUAUUAAUUCAAUGGAAUUAAAAGGUAUCAAUUCAUGUCAAAUACCACUUAUAAAUAAUUCAAAGAUUAUGACCAGUAGUGCCGAUAUAAAAUCAAAUAAUUGGUGUCCAUCAUCGUAUGAGAAUGAACCCUAUUUACUUAUAUCAUUAUCGAAUUUAACUUAUGUAACACGUUUGAAUAUAAAAACGAUAUCAUCAGAUAUAUACUAUCAUCUUGAAUAUACACGUGAUAAUUCAAUUAAUCAAUAUACGACAUGGCGUUCGUAUCGCCUAUUAAAUAAUAAAGAAGAAAAUAUUCAACUUGAUCCACCUGUCAUGGUUAAAUAUAUUCGAUUGAAUAUAAAACAAAUAAAACAAAAUUCGUGUUUUCAAUUGGAAUUUUUCGGUUGUAUAUUUACUGAUGGUGUUGUAUCGUAUAGUAUGUCACAAGGCCAUCAUCAACUCGAAGAUGAUACGUACGAUGGACAAUACAAUGUAAAACAUCGGUUUUUACAUGAUGGCCUCGGCCAAUUAUCAGAUGGACAAACAGGACCCGAUAAUUAUGAAGAUCUCAAUGGAUUUCAAUGGGUUGGUUGGCGAAAACCACGUUCUGCCAAGCAUAACCAUUCAACUGAAAUAUUAUUUAAAUUUGAUGCAUUAAGAAAUUUUUCUCGUGUAACAAUCCAUGCGAAUAAUUAUUAUCCAAAAAAGAUUUAUGCAUUUCGUUCGGCCGUCAUUGAAUUUUUCAAUAAUAAUAAUAAAACCACAUCGGUAACAUAUAAUCAUCAUCGUGAUGAUCAAUUUGAAAUGGCUCGACCAAUCAUGAUUGAUUUAAAACAUCAUGUAGCUUCACAAAUAAAAGUUCAUUUAUAUUUUGAUGGAUAUUGGAUUUUAAUUAGUGAAAUGACGUUUGAUUCAUUUAUCAUACCAACAACUUCGAUUGUUAAAUCAGAAUCAGUUCAUUUUUCAAUUAGUUAUAUUAUUAUUUGCCUGUUAACUAUAUUAAUUAUUCUAAUGCUUACAUUAAUGUUUAGUCUUGCUCGAUGCAUUUUUUAUAGGAAUUCAAAUAUUAAAAAAAGAUACUUUUCACCAAUACAUAAUCAAACGGAAUCAUCGGCAUCGACAACAUCAAGUGAAAUUGAUAUUGGAUCUUCACAUCAUCGUUAUGCGACUAUUGGAUCCAGUAUUCAUCCGUAUCUUGUUUGUAAUAAUGGAGAUAGAUCCCCUAGUCAUUAUACGAAAUUAGUGUCUACAACAAGUCUAUUACGAUCACCAUCGAUAAUUCAACAACAUCAUAUCGAAAGUAUUUGUGGUAAUAGUUCGUUUGGUACACGAAGAUUAUUUACUUUGGAUUUAAAACAAAGUCAAUUUGUGUCCAGUCAAAAUAUUAACAUAAAACAACGAAUAGAAAAUCAACAUCAAAUUGUUGGUGGUGGAGAGAUUUAUCAAGGUGAAUUACAAGUAAAUCAAUCAGUAAUACCAAUCACUAUUCGUCGCCUGCUCCCCAAUGCAUCUGUGCAGUCGAAAAUAUCAUUUUUCAAUGAAAUUAGCCUGUUAACAACUCUUUGCCAUCCAAAUAUUAUUCAUGCCUAUGGGUUUUGUUCUGAACCAAGUAUAUCUUUAUUAAUCGAAUCUUCAGAUGCUACAACCAUUGAUCUUUAUCAAUAUCUUCAACAUUAUAAACAAGCGCAACCCAUGGAAAAUAUUCUCUAUACUACAACAGUAUUUUUUGCUGUACAAAUUUCGUCUGCAUUAGCUUAUUUAGAAUCACUGAAUAUUUAUCAUCGUGAUAUAGCAGCACGAAAUUGCUUAGUAACAACUGAUCUUAAGAUUAAACUACAAGAUUUAGCAAUGUGCAACGAAAUGUAUGCCGAUGAUUAUGCAUUAGUAACAGUUGCAAAUGAUAUAGAAACUCGACGGCCUAUUCGAUGGUGUGCUUGGGAAACAAUUUGUUUGAAUCGUUACACAACAAAAUCGGAUGUUUUUUCUUUUGGUGUUCUUCUUUGGGAAAUUUUAACGAUGGCUGAACGACCACAUUGUUUAUUUGAUGAUGAACAAGUUCUUUUGAAUUUACGAAAUUCUAAUCACGAUUUAAUUAUUCCAUCGUAUGCCGAUGAUUUAAUUGAUUUAAUAUUAUCAUGUUGGAAUAAAUCUGAUUACAAUCGGCCUUCAUUUUAUCAAUUAAAUAGUUUCUUUAGUGAAAAACAACAAUUAUUAACAAUGAAAUCUGAUAGUUAUCAACAGAUCGACUAA